GGUACCGUCCCCUAAUAAGACUGAAGCAUCCAGCAAAGCAUUACACGCAGAUCAGACCGAAAAAUGGAGAACGCGACUCUUCUCAGAGAAUGGUUCGCGCGAGUUGACUCAGAGAAAACCGGAAGCAUCACUGCCCCUCAGCUCAAGAAUGCUCUCGCCGUUGGAAACCUCGAAUUCCCUCUCUCAGUUGUUCAGCAAAUGAUCAGGAUGUAUGAUUUUGAUAGAAAUGGAACUAUGAGCUUUGAAGAGUUUGUUGCGCUCAACAAGUUCCUACUAAAGGUUCAACAAGCUUUCUCAGAGCGAGAGAGGGGUCGGGGCUAUCUCGUUCCUGAUGAUGUGUAUGAGGCAUUGGGGAAAAUUGGUUUCUUCCUGGACUCCCCUGCUUUCUACACAGUCUGUGAGAGCUUUGAUGAAAAGAAGAAUGGAAUGUUCCGACUAGCUGACUUCAUAUCUCUUUGUAUAUUUGUGCAGUCUGCUCGUAAUCUGUUCAAUUCAUUUGAUACAGCUAAGCAAGGCAGAGUGACUCUUGAUCUCAACCAAUUUGUCUAUUGCUCUGCCAAUUGCAGAAUAUAACCUGCUGCAAUGAUGGGUGCUGCGGAAUUCCGACAUGUGUUUGUAUUCAAGUUUUUUCUUUGUGGAUGUAUGACCAGCAGAGUAUGCAUCUGCUUCCUAAGAUGUAUCACCUAGAAUGGGAUACGGCAGUGUAAAAAAGCAAAAGCUUCAAAUGGAAAAGUUGUAUGCUUCAGUGUGUUAAAUUUUCUCUUAUUGAUGUUCCAGACACAUCUUUUACAUAAUAGAGGAAAUAUGUUACAAUA